AUGGACGUUGAUGACCUGUUCGGCGACUCAGAAAAUGUAACAUUACAGGCCAUCAAUGUUGCCUCACCUGUGAAAGGACUCUCCAAGCGCAUUGAUGAGCUCGGCGCAAGUGGAUGUUGCCAAAAAAUUGCGUGGUCAAAGAAUGGCUGCGUGGCAUACAUUAGCCCAGAUGGAUACACAGCCAACCUCAAAGUUUUCUCUCGAGACACGGAGACUGGCAAGUGGGAUCUAAGAAAAGAUGUACCCCUUGACGUGCCGCAAGGGCGCGAGCAGUUCCCUUUUGUUCACCUUUCAUGGAGUCAUCUAGGCAACGACCUUGCGCUCAUGGAUGCGGCUGGCCGAGUCAUGGUCUUCUCGUGUGCAAUGGCUCUCGACCGGAUGCAAUUCAUCAGAGCAGAACUCGCACACCCAGAAGCCGAAGUGGACGGGGUCGUGGGUAUGCACUGGCUAGCUAUACAUCCAUAUGAGGCAAAGGUAAGAACACACAUUGUCAACGAUGCCAACCACCUGACACAAGCGCAGAACAACAUUGCCUGGUCAACAACACGCGAUGGCAAUAAAUGGCAAUGGCAUGUCAAGUCUCACAUGUUCAACGAUGCGUUCCAUCCUCUCGACGGAAAAGCAUCACUCAUCUAUCUCAAGAGACACGGAGAACUCAAGCUACGAUUCCAGCAGAACGACAGCAGCUGGCAAGAGGUCUCGGCCCAAUCGGCCCCGCUCAUGUCGACCAAAGAACCAUUUACGCAUGCCGCAUUUUCUUCUAACAAUGACGCAACUCUGCUGCUGGUAGCCUACGAUGUCGCGCGGCGACUUCAUCUUUAUCGCGUAGAGAUAGUAUGGAAUGUCCCACAGGAUAAGCGCAAUGCGAAUGCAGGGCCUUUCGACAAACCGGUACUGAACGUCUCACUCCUCAGCAUUGAAGACGACUGCGAUCCCAUCGGCCUGAUAAAUGGUGAUUUGAGAGGUGCAGCUGCUGCGCAGCUUACGCACCUCAACUUCCUACCGACCACACCUGAAGACGGCGAUGGUUCUUCGCCUACAAUACAAGCCAUCUUUUGUCGCCCCCCUAAUAUCAUUUCAUCAGAUCAACUGCAGGAGAACCCUUACAGCGUGAUAGUCACCUCGAAGAAGAAAAGUGUGGGUUCAAUCAGUGCCAAAACUAUCUCCAAGCUAGACCGCCAACCUGACUUCCCGCUACACUCUGUAGUUCUUGCGACCUACCCUUUGUGGUAUAAUAUGCUCCUGGCCUUUAGCUACAACGAUGGCACAAUCGAAUUCCGCAAACGGGGGACCAUGGAGGUCAUCAUGCCUGACGGCAACACUGAGACCAUGACUUCGCUGCUACAAGCUGGCUUUGCGUUCCCACACGCUGAGCCAUCCUUGCAUGUCGCCUUGUCACCAAGUCACUGCAUAGCUGUAUGCAUGCAGCAAGAUGGCACUAUCAAACUCCGAUCAAUGGAGUAUCUAGCAGGCGGUACACUCUCUUCGGACGAUGACGAUCCACGACACUCGGCCGCUCUGGCAGCACUUGUGCUCCAGUCAUCAUCUGCAGCAAACCAGUACUACUCGAGUGAUGACGUCUUCAGCAUCAUUGGCUCACUAUCAGAGAAGCGCACAAACGACUUCAUUGACCUGCUGUUCGAUGGCCUCCAGGUCAACAUCGAUUGCGGAGUUCAUGACCAGAAUGGCCAGCACUUGGUCUUACUAGGUCGCUCUCCUUUCUUUGUCAAAACUCUCUCCGCUAUGAACUUGCUAGGUCUACAUGGCCCAGCGAACCGUAGCCUAAGCAGCAAAAUAGCUUGGAUCAAUCUGAACAUCAAGUAUAUCACACAAAUCUUGACGACCAUCAUGCGGAUGCACGGUAACAUUGAGAAGACAUCGCUCCGUCCCGAAGUCGUACCUCAGUUUAUCGGUAUAUGCAGAUGGAUACUGCAUUUCAUGGCCUAUUUGAUGGACGACCUGUUCACCAUUGGCCGCGCCAUCCAGGAUCUCCCCUCGCAGUCUCUCACACGCGAGACCCUCGAGCAAAAAAUGCACGCCCUCAACAAGCCCGCUGUUCUAAUCCUCCUCUCCGCCUUUCCCCGCGCCAUGAUGAAACUCUGGCACCAGCCUAUCGGGUGGGUAAAAAAAUCAGCGGAGACCCUUGCCGGCUCUGCUGGUCCCAACCAACCCCCGAUCAGCCUGGAUAUUCGGAAACUAUACACGCCUCUGUACUCCGCCGUCAACGAAGUUCCCUUCGAUUACCGCUGGUUUGACGGGCUCGUCAACGACACGCACAACCACGUGCGUGCCGCUUACAAGCGCGCGAACCUCACCGACAUCCAGCGCAACCAUAUCGAGCGAGAGCUCAUGCUCGGCCACAUCCCCGAGAUCCUCGCACCCAUUGCAAAGCGCCUCGUCACCGAUACGCUAUGGAACGACAAAUCCGGCAACGGCUGCCUGGCCGAUAAACUCGAUAUGGGGCGUCUCAUGUUCUUCGACACCACGUGGCUCGGGUUCAACGAAAGCAAGCGCGCCAGCGAAUGGCACGACACACAUGUCGUGGACGUGUGCCAGAAGAUGAUUGUCCGAGGAACGGGCAAGCAGGAACAUCCGGUUACGGGGUCGGGCCAGCAGAUGAGGGGGAGGAGUGAUAGUAUUCAGAGCACGAAUGGCGAGACAGUGUUGGGGAAGAAGAAGGCUCAGUUGAGGCAGUGCACGAGGUGCGGUGCGUAUAUGGAGGAUGUGAUGCAGGGCACGCCGGGGUAUACGCCGCAUCAUGCGAGUUGGUUAAUGGGCGUGGCGAAGCAUUGCGUUUGUGGGAAUAGUUGGAUGUUGGCGCCGGAUAAGAUGAGGGCGAAGUGA